UUGUGCUUUGCUUUGCCGGAAAUUGAUGCCUUGUCAAAAUGGAGAUUAAUCAUUUGUGUUUGGGAGCAGCAGAACGGGGGGCCAGUUACCUCUCAAUUUUAUAAACCAAUUAUAUGAACUCCUUUUCCGUUGCUCACACCCCCAUCCCACCUUCAAACUUCUUACCGAUGGCAUUCAGGAGGCAAGUGAAAAACUUCAUGAAGAAUUACUCAGAUGCCGAAAUAAAAGUCAGGGAAGCAACUUCCAAUGACCCUUGGGGUCCUUCGAGUUCUCUCAUGUUAGAUAUCAGUGACCUGACUUUCAACACAAUUUCUCUGUCAGAGAUUAUGAAUAUGCUAUGGCAGAGACUCGGUGACCAUGGGAAGAGCUGGCGUCAUGUGUAUAAAUCCCUUAUGCUCAUGGAUUAUCUCAUCAAGAAUGGAUCAAAGAAAGUUAUCCAGCAUUGCAGAGAGGGGUUCUGUAAACUUCAGACACUAAAAGAUUUUCAACACGUAGAUGAAGCUGGAAAAGACCAAGGCUAUCAUAUCCGGGAAAAGUCUAAGCAAGUCAUGACACUGCUGGUGGAUGAAGAGCUGCUGUGCAGAGAGAGGGAGGCAGCGUGUCGGACGAGGCAGCGAACCUCCCACUCCGUGACAUUUCCUAAAAGACUACCUGGUACGGCUAACACCCCAGCAGUAUGUGCCUCUGCCCACACACCAGAAAUCCCUGCCUUGGAGAGGAAACGUAAGCUUCUUAAGGUUGCAAGGCAACAAAACGCCUCCAAGGCGGGAUUGAAACAAGAGCAGCGCCAAGACAUCCAAUUGCCUAGUGGGACUGUGUUGUCCCAGGAAACACCACCAGUCGAGACGAAUGUUUGGAAAUCAACAGAGGACCUGAUGUUAUUUUAUGAGGAUGAUCCAAAGCCAGUUUUGCCCACACUUCCUCCUCCCAUUACCUCAUCAACUAAAUGGUUAUCAGAAGAGCAAGCAGACGUUUGUCACCUCUGCGAUGCAGACGCUGUGCCUACCCCCUCAGAAGAAAGCCCAUCUCUGCCGACAAAUGUGAGUUUGGACAAGAAACCAGACAGCAGUACCAUCACAAACACCGUAACCGAAAGCCCUUUGCAAAUGCCUCUGGAAAAGCAGUCAGCUGCAGAAAGCUUUGACACAUUGACAACUUCACCAUCGUUUUGGUCAUCGAAUAAGGAAGAGUUUGUCAGCCCUAAUUUAAGGACGUCAAAGUCAGAUUCUACCUUCUGUAACCAGGCCUCUGUAGAGACGCUCUAUGUCUCUCCUUCAUUCAAAACAUUUGACCCAGUGAAGGAGAUGGUAAGCAAUAAGGACUGCCAGAAGCCAACACAAUCCAGCAUUGUUCACGUGGAUGAGGAAAACCUCAAGACUGCAACCACACGGGUUUCAACCACCUCUGAAGGAACGUCCUCCUUUUCUACUUUAUCCAUGCCGUUUCCCGACUCAGCCUCUCCGGAGACGUCUGUUCAUCUCCUACCCCGCAUUUUGGCGGGACCUUCCUUCUGGUCUCUGGCCCAGCAACGGUCUUCUUCCGCCUCCUUUAAAGAUGAAGAUGAGACGGCCGGGGCUCACCACCCCUUUGCUCCUAGGGACCGAGCGUCUUCUGAUGAAGAGGAGAACGACAACCUCCAUCUGCUGGAGAGUCUUCCGGAUAACUCUGAGUGUGCUAAAGAGCAGACGAGUCCUGCUUCUGCCAGUAAUUGGGCAGAGUCUUCCACCCCCAGGGCAGACCACGUCACCUCUGUGUCCUGUCUGAGUUUUCAGACACCUGCCGGCCUGCCGGGGGAGCCUGAAACAAACGAUUCCAUUAAAACUCUCCUAGGGGAGGUGAAAAAUGCUAUAGUGAAACUACACGAAGACCUGAGCACGGUGAUAAGAGAACUUAACGUCAUCAAUAGCCAUCUGGUGAGCAUGAGUGGGAAUAGUCUGCAGCUAAAGUCUUCCCAGCUUCCCCAGUCUUCCGAGGGGACCUCAGAUCACAUGUAACAAGCCCGAGAGCCCCUGUCGGUAGAACUCGUGUGGUUCCACCUCCCGAAGACCUAAGUUAGCCUUUUGUAGAUUCUCAUCCUUCUGGCAAAAAUGGGAUGGUGGUUGGAUUUUUCCUUGUCAGGCUUAUUAACAAAUAUCUUUCCAACCACUAAACUCAUUUGGGUGGUUUCUUUUUUAAAGAGGAAAAAGCAUCACCUUUGAUAAUAUUUUCAGAUUCAGUACAAACUGUUUUUCAUUUGACACUGAAGAGAAUUUCUUUCUUCCACACCCUGGACUUCACCUCAAAAUAUAUUAAGCGUUAGUGGGAGCUGUGGCAAGACCUCAGACUGCAAAUGGCUCUUCCAGAGCUUUUGGAUGAGCAGGUGGUAAGAAGGCCUUCAGAGCCUGGGGCUGCUGUGCCAGGUUUCAGAUUCUGCAAACAGAGGGCCGGCGAUCUUUCCCUUCCUGUGGCUGCCACCAUUGGUCGGGGGGUUAAGCUGAGACAGGUGGGACAUGGGACAGGUGUUUUUAUUGCUAAUGUUUAUUGCAAAGUGAAUUCAAAUGCAUCCUUUGGUUGUAUUUGGAAAAUAAAUUUGAUAUUUUUCAUCU